AUGACCGAGACUAUAUCCGCAGACUACCUCGUCAUCGGCGCGGGCGCUGCGGGCAUGGCUUUCGUUGAUACCCUAAUUUCCGAUAAGAAGGAGACCACGGUGGCCAUCGUCGAUCGCUAUUCGCGCCCGGGAGGUCACUGGACAGUUGCCUACCCCUUUGUCACCCUUCACCAACCAUCCUUCGUCUACGGUGUCAACUCUCGACCGCUCGGAGAUGGGAAAAUCGAUCAAGUUGGAUUCAACAAAGGCCUUACUGAGGUGGCAACGGGCGACGAAAUUGUUGCCUAUUACACCAAGGUCCUGAACAAUACUCUCCUUCCCUCCGGUCGCGUUACCUAUUACCCACUGCACAACUACACUGGCGAUGGAGAGUUUCAAUCGAUUGUCACAGGAAAAGCUAUCCGAGUUGGACCGAACACUCGUAUUGUGGACUCCACAUACGUGAAGAUUACAGUUCCCUCUAUGGGUCCACCUUCGUAUGAAGUUGCAGACAAAACCAACCUUGUCACGCCCAAUGCUUUAGCAACACUGAAGCGACCAUACGGCGCCUAUACAAUCGUCGGAGCCGGAAAGACUGCAACCACGCCCAACCCCGAAAAACUGCUACAAGAAAAGUCUGAUGCUAUCAUGGGGUCCAAAACAUCUCAAGAGAUGUUUCACCGCAUGGAGGAACUCGGGCAUGCUCACCGUCUGGACAAGAGCAUCGAGCCUACCAUGUUCAGGCACGCGAUUGUCACAAAGGCAGAGUUUGACGAGGUAAAGAGAGUUAAGAACAUCAUACGUCAGGGACGGGUCAAACGCAUUGACCCAGACAAGGUCACUUUAGAGAAGGGCACAUACACUCCUAUGCCUGACACUCUCUUCAUUGACUGCGCUGCCGCUGCUUUAGGAAACGUGCCACCUGUCCCUGUCUUCAAUGGCAGAAACAUCACGAUCCAGAACAUCAAGUUUUUUCAGCCCACGUUCAGCGCCGCUCUCAUUGGACACGUCGAAGGUAGUUACGACGACGAAAACCUCAAGAACUAUCUUUGCGACCCUUUUCCGUAUACUCGCAUACCGGCAGAAUAUCCUACGACCCUUCUGGCUUCUAUGAAGAACAGACUCAAGUGGAUGGCGGAGCCUAAGGUGAGUGAAUGGUGUGCAAAGUCUCGUCUUGACUUUCCCAUCAUGGGUCUGCCGCCGAGGGAUCCUGAGAAGGCCGCCGCCUUCAAUGCCAGUAUUGAGCAACGGGUGAGAGGUCUUUGUGAUCACUUGGAACAGAUGGCAAAGAACGACGCUGCAGGUGUAGCCUAG